AUGGCGGACGGCAUCGCCCAUUCGGCCUCAAGUGCCGAUACUGCUACACCUGCAAUGCAAAUUAAAACAGACGAAGCCUCGAGCUACAUUCGUAAAGAGGGUGGUCACGAACCAGUGUCUCCUCGGCUCUCAUCCGCCCAGCAUUUCUUCCAUAAGCGAACGUCACUGGAUCUCGAUGACUACUUUACUGGCCCUCGAGACAUGGCCAAGCAUUCGAAAUGGCCACUCCUCAUGCGAAUGCACGGUAGCAUUGUCCCUAAACUGAUUGUCCCACUGCUUAUUGUUGGAGCAUGGGCGACCCUGAUCACGGUUCUCAACCGGAAGCUAGGUGUUCUCGGCGUGAGCAAUGUCCUCCUUACCAUCACUGGUUUCGUGAUUAGUCUCGGCCUUUCCUUCCGUAGCUCGACUGCGUACGAGAGGUAUGCUGAAGGCCGCAAGUUCUGGGCCAAUGUCAUCCUGUCGUCACAGGCUCUCGGUCGAGUUAUCUGGGUACAUACUGCCGACCCCCCUGAGAAGGAUCCCCGCGAGAUGAUGCUCAAGAAAGUGAGCGCCAUGAACUUGGUCGUGGCCUUUUCCGUCGCCCUCAAGCACUCUUUGCGGUUCGAGCCUUUCACGGCACACAGCGACAUGCAGCAUCUCAUCGGCCAUCUCACCACCUAUGCCCAGGAAGCUACCCUUUGCCAACCCCAGAGAGCUGCUCCUCCCAAGAAGUCCUUCAUGAAGGAAGUAGGAGAGUACCUCGGUGUUUCUUUUGCUGAGAGCAACCCCCGAAAGCUGCUCAAGAAGUCAGACCAACCCCUUGGCAACCUCCCUCUCGAGAUUCUCAACCACCUUGCUGUCGCUAUCGACGAAAUGGUCCGCAACCAACAACUCGACAUCCCUAUGCAACAGACCCUGGCAUACAACAACUUGAACAUGCUCAACGACGCCCUCAUUGGCUGCGAGCGUGUCCUGAACACCCCCUUGCCCAUUGCCUAUGCGAUUGCCAUUAGCCAGAUCACCUGGGUUUACGUUAUGCUUCUGCCGUUCCAGCUUGUUGAGCCUCUUGAAUGGAUCGCCAUCCCCGCCACCAUUGCCGCCUCCUACAUCAUCCUCGGUCUCCUCUUCAUCGGCUCGGAAAUCGAGAACCCCUUCGGCCACGACGUCAACGAUCUGCCCCUCGAUGUCUACUGUGAACAGGUUGCCCACGAUAUGGACGUCAUUGCAUCAUUUGAGAAGCGCGACUGUACCAGCUUCAUGAGCAACCACCUGAACAUGCCUCUGUUCCCCGUCAGCACCGCCCCCGUCGACAUCUGGAUGCAGCGCAGCGAAGAGAAGCUCCGCGAGACCAUCAAGAACAAGCCCAACAUGAUGUUCAGGAUGAAGCGCGCACGCGAGGAAGGCAAACCCAUCGGGAACGAGGACAUGGUUUAA